AUGUCUGAGCAAAGCAUAUCAAUUGAAGAUGGUGAGCAGGGUAUAUUGCAUCCACUUCUGCUGCCUGCAGGUUCGGAAGUGCAUCGAUGUGUUCUCUUUCAGGUCUCCCUUGGCGAAAUCAACCCCCUGAUGCACCCAGACCGUAAUGCCAACCGAUUGCCAAAGGGAAAGCACAGUGCUCUGGGCGUCGGCCGCAAUAUGCCUGAUCCUUCGACUUGGAUUACUUUAGAUGAUGGUGUAGUGGUGCCCUGUGGAAAGAUCAUCAAAUCUAAAGUGGCCAAUGCCUUAGUCUGGUACAACGAGUUCAUUGUUUGCGUCAAAUACGCCUGCGCUAUCUGGUCCAACUAA